AUGGAAAAGGGUGACAAGAAAAACAACGACUGUUACUUUUAUUACUAUUCGACUUGCAUGAAGGGAGACAAAUGUCCAUUUCGCCAUGAACCACAAGCAUUAGGAUGUGAAAUGGUGUGCAGUUUUUGGCAAAACGGAAAGUGUGAAAAUGAUCAUUGUACAUUACGCCACAUGGAAUUAAAGAAAAACCGGAAAGCAAUACCAUGUUAUUGGGAAAAACAACCAACUGGAUGUCGCAAGCCAUAUUGUGCAUUUCUACAUACCAAAACCCGUGAUCCAUCUCAAGAUGCAGGGGCUAUUGCGAUGGCAGCUAACACCAUGGCUAUUGAAAAUAGCUUUCGCAUAAAUCCAAUGGCUGGUGUCGCACUUACUGCUGGUCCUGAAGCUGCAUUGCGACAACGUUAUGACCAGCCAUUACGAAUGAAUUGA